AUGCCCAAAGUCGACAGACGCUCGAAGCUGGCCGAACUUCGGGCUCUCCGAGCGUCCGGCAAGAGAGCUAACUACGAGGUCGAGGAGGUCGACGAGCUUUACGAGGAGGUUGACGAGAACCAAUACAAGAAGAUCAUUCGAGACCGUCUAAACCAAGACGAUUUCGUUGUCGACGACAAUGGCGAGGGGUACGCCGACGAUGGCCGGGAGGAGUGGGAUCGUCAGCCUCAGUACUACUCGGAAAGCGAUGAAGAGAUGCCAGUGAAAGGCCGCGGUAGGCCGAGCAAAUCAUCAAAAAAGCAGCGCGAAGACGAGGAGGCCAAGCGAGAUGCUAAUGACAGAGAUAUUAGCGAAUACUUCACAAAGGGAACCGCCAAGGCACAAGCUAAACCAAAGGUCGCCAAAACGAAAGAAGAUGAUGCAUUCCUCGCCGAUCUCCUGGGCGAGGUCGACGCCAAUAUCCCCGCUCCUGCAUCUCGGUCAGCCAAGCGUAACAGAUCCCCAGAACGUCGCCGAGCCCGUGUGCUUUCUCCCGCCCCCGAAGCCAGGUCGCGUCUUACCAAGCGAACGAAGACCGUGGAUGACAGACUAUCAUCUCCCACCUUUGACAAUUCGGCAGCAAACGACGGCUAUUUACCCCCUAUGGGUGACGAUAGGGACGAUAGCCCUGCUCCGAUCAACGUGGACGACAUUCCCAUUUCCGAAGACCCCGCGCCAUCAUCACCUGCCGCCAAAGUAGCUCAACGCAAGGCAUUGGUCAAGCAAGAGCCCCAGGAGGAGGACGACGAGGACAUGAUGGAAGUUGCCCACGCUGGUGCGGUCACCGCUGCUAGCGUGAAUAUCACAGGGUCAAGGCCACCGAAGAAGCUGACCAAGCCCGAUCCCUACCCUACACCUUUGAGUUCCUCUCCGGCCAAGCCUGCUGCACCAUCAGUCGACUCGUCAGCUUGGAAUAAUAUCACCGACCAGCUCAAUGUUGUUUCGAGCUCCCCUGCGGAGGCUAGAACCGUCGGCAAGAUAGACUAUAAGGAUGCUAUCGAGGAGGACGGUAGUCUCAACAUGUUCUGGACUGACUACACAGAGGUCAAUGGCAGUCUCUGCCUUUUCGGCAAGGUCUUGAACAAAAAGACUGGCUUGUAUGUCAGUUGCUUCGUCAAGGUCGACAACAUUCUCCGCAAGCUCUUUUUCCUUCCUCGCGAGACGAAGCUGGAAGGUGGAGAAGAGACAACAGAGGAGGUCGAGAUGAUGGAUGUCUACUCUGAGGUCGACUCACUCAUGACCAAGAUGAACGUUGGCAUGUACAAGAUCAAGGCAUGCACACGAAAGUAUGCAUUUGAGCUUCCAGGGAUUCCCAAGGAGGCCCAAUACUUGAAGUGUCUCUACCCCUACACGAAGUCUGUCAUUGACAGUGCGGCCACUGGAGAUACAUUCUCACGUGUCUUCGGCACAAAUACCGCGCUGUUCGAACAAUUUGUGCUGUGGAAGAACAUCAUGGGCCCCUGCUGGCUAAAGAUCGUCGAUGCCGACUUUAGUUCCCUCAAGAACGCCUCUCACUGCAAGCUUGAAGUGCACGUCGACCACCCUAACAUGGUCUCCACGCUGAGCGACUCUGACAACCUCGAUACCCCUCCCCUGACCUUGAUGAGCAUUGCGCUGCGCACUGCCUUCAACGCCAAGGCUAACAAGCAGGAGAUUCUCGCAAUCAGCGCCCGUAUCUACGAGAAGGCUUCCUUGGCCGAUCCAACUCCGGCCGAGAAGCUCCCCUGCCGGACAUUCACCCUCAUUCGGCCUCAUGGGACAGUUUUUCCUCUCGGAUUUGAGAACUUGGCAAAGGACAGAAAGAGAGGCCUCAUCAAGACCUUCCGUCAAGAGUCGGAAAUCCUCAUGUUCUUCCUUGCUCAGCUUGAUGUUGUGGAUCCGGACGUGAUUCUAGGACAUCAGUUGGAGGGAGUCGACUACAGCGUUUUGCUCAACCGCAUUCACGAAAAGAAGACGCACCAAUGGUCUCGGCUCGGUCGACUCAAGCGAACCCAGUGGCCGGCUUCAAUGAACAAGGUGGGCGGUAAUGUCUUCGCUGAGAGGCAAGUCAUGGCCGGUCGUUUACUUUGCGACCUGGCCAACGAUGCUGGAAAGUCUACCAUGUUCAAGUGUCAGUCUUGGAGCUUGACAGAAAUGUGCAGUCUAUACCUACCGGGCAACAACCGCAGGCAGGACAUCGACAAUGAAGCAGCGCUCAAGACAUGGGCAAACCAGUCUAAGGAGGGCAUGAUGAACUACGUAUCACACAUGGAAGCCGACACCCACUUCAUUACCGCACUGGCUUUGCAGGUUCAGCUUCUCCCUUUGACCAAGGUCCUCACCAAUUUGGCUGGUAACUCGUGGGCGAGAACUCUUACUGGAACUCGCGCAGAGCGAAACGAGUACAUUUUAUUGCACGAGUUCCACCGCAACAAGUACAUUUGUCCUGACAAGCAAACCUACAGGGGCAGAAUGGCCCAGGAAGAAAACGAAGCCGGAGAAGGCGACGGUAAAAAGAAGGACAAGUACAAGGGAGGUCUCGUUUUUGAACCCGAAAAGGGUCUUUACGACAAGUUUGUUCUGGUCAUGGAUUUCAACUCCCUGUACCCUUCCAUCAUUCAGGAGUAUAACAUCUGCUUCACGACCGUCGACAGAUCUGCCAUGGAACAAGACGAAGAAGCUGUACCCGAGGUCCCCAAGGAUCAGGAGCAAGGCAUCUUGCCCAGACUCAUUGCUACACUUGUUGGCCGAAGAAAGCAAGUCAAAUCCUUGAUGAAGGACAAGAACGCAACUCCAGAGCAGCUUACCACCUGGGAUAUCAAGCAGCUUGCGCUGAAGCUUACGGCCAACUCGAUGUACGGAUGUUUGGGCUACACCAAGUCUCGUUUCUACGCGCGUCCUCUAGCCGUCUUGACCACGUACAAGGGCCGUGAGAUUCUGCGCAGCACCAAGGAGCUCGCCGAGAGUAAUCAGCUCCAGGUCAUAUAUGGAGACACCGACUCCGUCAUGAUCAACGCCAAUGUCGAGAACGUGUCCGAUGCCUUCAAGGUCGGUCAAGAGUUCAAGAAGGCCGUCAACGAGAGGUACAGACUCUUGGAGAUUGAUAUAGACAAUGUCUUCCGCCGCAUUCUGCUCCAGGCCAAGAAGAAGUACGCUGCUAUCAACUUGGUCGAAAAGGAUGGCAAGUUCAUCGAGAAGAUGGAGGUCAAGGGUCUCGAUAUGAAGCGUCGUGAGUAUUGUGGCCUGUCCAAGGAAAUCUCUAGCAAGAUCCUCGACGAAAUUCUGUCAGGCAACGAGACUGAGAAGUCCAUUUCGCGCAUCCACGAAUACCUUCGAGAGAUCUCUGGCAAGAUGCGGGAGCAAACUGUUCCGGUACAAAAGUACAUCAUCUUCACGCAGCUCGGCAAGGCUCCUACAGAGUAUCCCAACGCGGACUCGAUGCCCCAGGUCCAGGUUGCAUUGCGAGAAAUCGCUAGAGGAAAGAACGUUCGUCGUGGCGAUGUUAUCUCCUAUGUUAUCACCGGCGACCCUCAGAGCUCCGACCCCGCCCCGAAGAGAGCCUACUCUCCCCCGGAUGUCAUGAAACCUAAUUCUGGCCUCUCACCGGAUGUCGAGUGGUACCUCGGCAAGCAAAUCUUCCCACCAGUCGAGCGUCUUUGCGCGAACAUUGUUGGAACCUCGAGCUCUCAGCUUGCAGAGUGCCUCGGCUUGGAUAUCCGCAGGUACAAGUCAGUCCAGGACCAGCAACAGGGCGGAGGCAGCAACGAUGUUGAGAUCCAUCCCAUGGAGUCACAAAUCCCCGAUGAAGUGCGCUUCGCCGAAUGUACCCGCCUCUCCCUUCGCUGCCGGACGUGCAAAAAGUCUUCCGUCUUCGAAGGUCUGCUGGCACAGCCUGACCGCGUCUCGGCAUCUGGAGUGCUUUGCGACUCCUGCAACGCCACCAUCUCCACGCUCUCGAUCGUAGCCCAGCUCGAGCAUGCCCUCCGAACUCAGACGGCACGCUACUACGAGGGCUGGCUGGUCUGCGAUGAUUCCGCCUGCGGCAUGCGCACCCGCCAAAUGAACGUCUACGGCACCCGCUGCCUAGGCCCGAAGGGCCUUGCGCGGGACUGCUUGGGCCGCAUGCGCUAUGAGUACACGGAGAAAGCCAUUUACAACCAGCUCGUAUACUAUGCUAGUCUGUGGGACGUUGACAAGGCCAAAACCAAGGCCUCUGUGGAGAACAGCAACGACCUUUCGCGCGAACACAAGGACAAGAUUCUCGCGAUGGCGGAGCACAACCGCGUCCGGUUUGGCACCGUCAAGGGCGUGGUGGAUAAGUAUCUCGACAAGUGUGGUAGACAAUGGGUCGCCAUGGAUACUCUGUUUGCCAAACUGGGGUUCAACAAGCUCCUAGUUGCAGCAUAA